AUGUUACUAAACCUUUAAAAGGAGUUAGAGCUAUUACAAACUAAUAAUCAAGAAUAAAAUUACAAACUUUAGAAUAUAUUUCACAAUUUCAGCAUAACCAAUAAUUAACUUAAGGGUUUGUAUAUUUAAAUUCCAAAUCCUUAGAAUCUGUUAAAUAAAGUUAGACCAGAGAUUUUUAAUUAUUUUUUAGAAUUUGUUGAUCUUAAAUCUUACUUAAGUUUUGGAUUAGUUAGCAGAAGAGCCUAUUAAACUAUAAUCCGAAUGAUGCCAAAUAGGAUUGCUUAAAUUCAAUAAAUCUUAAUGAGAAGAAAAUAAAAAUUAUAAUAUCUAAUGGAACAAAAUUCAGAAAAUGAUCUUUUUUAGGAUUUACUUUAGAGAAAACAAAAUGCUGAAUAAAGUUUGGAUAUAUUGACAAAAAGGGAUAUAAAUGAGAUGAAAAAAAUGUCUCAUCCCCCAGUAAUUGUUGAGAAGGUAAUGGCGAUGGUGUGCAUUUUAUUUAUUUCAUAAUUCAAAGACGAAAAUUUAAAUUGGGCAUCAUGUUUAAAGAUAAUCGAAAACAUAUAAUUUAUAUAACAACUAAAAUGUUUAGAUAUUGAAAAUAUAAAUGAUAAACAAUUAAAAGUGCUUUAAAAUGUGCACUCAAUUUCAGAAUAAUAAGUUUAAAGAGUUUCAUAAGCUUGCCUUUCUUUUUAUUUCUUUAUAAGAGCUGUUGUUGAAAUUAGAGAAUCCAAGGUUUAUAAAGUAAAAAGUUAAAAAGAUUUACUUGAGAAAUAGAUAAAAAAAGACUAAAUGGCUUUGUUGUAUCUUCAAAAAAUGAAUGGCUGA